AUGUCAGCCUCCAAUAUGACCUCAACCCAUCCAGCUGUCUUUUUGUUGAUGGGAAUCCCAGGCCUUGAACACCUGCACACUUGGAUCUCCAUCCCUUUCUGCUCAGCCUAUUCACUGGCUCUGUUGGGCAACUGCACCCUGCUCUUCAUCAUCCACUCUGAUGCAGCGCUCCACGAGCCCAUGUACCUCUUCCUGGCCAUGUUGGCAACAAUUGACCUGGUUCUGUCCUCUUCAACACUGCCCAAAAUGCUUGCCAUUUUCUGGUUCAGGGACAGAGAGAUCAACUUCUAUGCCUGCCUGGUUCAGAUGUUCUUUCUCCACUCCUUCUCCAUCAUGGAGUCAGCCAUACUGUUGGCCAUGGCCUUUGAUCGCUAUGUGGCCAUCUGUAAACCACUUCACUACACCACGGUGCUAACUGGGUCCCUAAUCACCAAGAUUGGCAUUGCUGCUGUCGGCCGAGCUGUGACUCUAAUGACUCCACUCCCCUUUCUGCUCAGAUGCUUCCACUAUUGCCGAGGCCCAGUGAUUGCACACUGCUACUGUGAGCACAUGGCUGUGGUAAGGCUGGCCUGUGGAGACACCCGCUUCAAUAACAUCUAUGGCAUUGCUGUGGCCAUGUUUAUUGUUGUGUUGGAUCUGUUCUUUGUUAUUCUAUCAUACAUUUUUAUCCUUCGAGCAGUUCUACAGCUUGCCUCUCAGGAGGCCCGUUACAAGGCAUUUGGGACAUGUGUCUCUCACAUAGGUGCCAUUCUAGCCUUCUACACACCCGUGGUCAUCUCCUCAGUUAUGCAUCGUGUGGCCCGCAGGGUUGCCCCCCAUGUCCACAUACUACUUGCCAUCUUCUAUCUACUUUUCCCACCCAUGAUCAACCCCAUCAUCUAUGGUGUUAAGACCAAGCAGAUUCGUGAGCGAGUCAUACAACUAUUCUUAAGAAAGACUGCAUAA